AUGGAUCCAGCGGACUUACCCGGGGAGAGCGAUCUGAUGCGAGUCCAACGCCUGGUCGAGUGGAUAACCCACACCUCGAACAUGAGAGCUAGGAUCGUGGGGAUAAAUGGCAUUGAGGAAAUCCUCAGAGGAAAUCCCUAUCUCCGCCAGGUCAGAGGAUGUUUGGACUUAUUGGCCAACUUGUAUGAAGCCCGGGAGGCGGCGCGAGCUCGGGAAAUAUCGGACUUUGUCCAGCAGCAACAGCCAGCCACCCCGGAGCAGCCGCGUCAGCCUCACCUGCAGGAUGCGAGUUUACCCGGCCUGUCGGAGCCGGCUGCGGGGAAGAAAUGUCGAUCGCGCCGCCGGCGCGCCACCCCACAGCCGGACGUUCGGACUUCUAAAUCGCCGGCUGUGGCAGCGCCUCCGUCUCCGGCUUCCACGCCGCCGCCAGCUGCAGCGCCUCCGUCUCCGGCUUCCACGCCGCCGCCAGCUGCAGCGCCGCCGCCUCCGGCUUCCACGCCGCCGCCUGCAGCGCUUCCGUCUCUGGCUUCCACACCAGCUGCCGCCUCUUCAUUCACGCCAGCUGCAGCGCCUCCGUCUCCGGCUUCCACGCCGCCGCCAGCUGCAGCUUCACCAUCCACGCCAGCGGCAGCCUCACCAUCUACGCCGCCGCCUCCGGCUUCCACGCCGCCGCCUGCAGCGCCGCCGCCUGCAGCGCUUCCGUCUCUGGCUUCCAUGCCUGAUGCCGCCUCUUCAUUCACGCCAGCUGCAGCCUCACCAUCUACGCCGCCAGCUGCAGUGCCUUCGUCUCCGGCUUCCACGCCGUCACCUGCGGCCUCUUCGUCUCCGGCUUCCUCGCCGUCACCUGCGGCCUCUUCGUCUCCGGCUUCCUCGCCGUCA